GAACACAAAUAUGACUAGUUCCAAUCCUACUAGUAGUAUCAAUGUCACAACAACUGAUCACAACCCUAAUAGUAGUAAUGAUAAGAUGUAUAGAGGGGUGAGGAAGAGAAAAUGGGGAAAAUGGGUAUCUGAAAUUAGGCUUCCAAAUAGUCGUGAGAGAAUAUGGUUAGGAUCAUAUGACACACAAGAAAAAGCAGCUAGGGCAUUUGAUGCAGCCCUAUAUUGUCUACGUGGUCCUCAUGCAAGUUUCAAUUUCCCUAAUACACCUUUUACCAUCAAUGUAGCUUUUCAUGGUUACCAAUCUCUUUCACCACAAGAAAUUCAAGAAGUUGCUGCUAAGUAUGCAAAUGAGUCACCACCAAUUGAGCUCACUCAAGAACAAGAUCAUCAAGUAUCAUCAGAAUCACAAAAUGAUGCCACCAAUUCCAAUAACUCUUAUUCAUGUUCACUUAGUGAUAAUGAUGGGAGGGAACAAGUAGAUUAUGGAGACUUGAGGAUGAUGGAUUGGACAUUUAAGGAUAUGUUUGUUGAGAUGAAUGGGGUUGCUAAUUGCUUUGAAUUAUUUUAUGGGCUAGAAAAUGAUACCAAUUCAAAUGCUUAUUCAUAUCCUCUAGAUAAUGAUAUUGGUGAUUUGAGGACAAUGGAUUGGACAUUUGAGGAUAUGAAUGGGGUUGUUAAUGACUCUGAUUUUUAUGGGCUACAAAAUAUGCAAUGCUCAACUCAACUUUUUGAAGAGGAUAAUGUGGACCAAAUUGAAUGUGAAGAUGCCUUUUCUAAUCAUUCAAUCCUUUGGAGUUGGAACUUUUGA